GUUAAGGCGACACAUAAACGAUUCGGGAGACGCAGUCAAUAAUUUCUGACGCAGUCAACGCGAGUCUGUGGAUGCGAACAGUAGCGGUGUUGGUGCUGAGCAGGGUGGAAUGUUUGGGCACAUCUUCAUCGUGGUGUGGGUGACACUUCUUGUAAAAGCUGACCAAUGUGAACUGUACAAAGCUUACGUGAAAUUCCGGGGCCAGUGUGAAGCCCUGUGUGAUUAUAUCUCCCCCUGCGAGUCGUACACCUACUCCCCCGACACCCAUCAAUGCCAAGUGUGGACGUCCCCUGGCCUGGACAGGGAGACACGGAAACUCACCGGGAAGGACCCUCAAAAUCCCUGUCAAACAAGGCCAUGUGACGUCACUGAUAUAUGCGUACCUGUCAAGGCCACAACUCAGCAUAUUUGCUUGCAAUACAAUUCCAUCUGUUCCUGUGGUCUCCCCGAAACCAAAGUGGGAAACGCCUCCCUCGUGUCAGCCCCGGACACGCCCACUGACCCCGCCCUUGCCCUGUAUGCGUGUGAUCACGGGUUUGCACGCGUGGCCGGAAGUAACACUACCACGUGUCAAUCAGCAAAAUGGUCGCAACUGACUCUUGUUUGUCACGAAAUAACUUGCACCUCAAGCCCCUGGAUAAUUCCGAAUGCAACCCAAGGAACCAUUACAUCAAGCAAGUAUGGGGCCACCGUCACAUAUACUUGCCAGGACGGUUACCGCAGCACCACAGGGAAUACAAGCAGUUACUGCCAGGAGACGGGGGAAUGGUCUGAACCAACUCUUCAGUGUGAAGAGAUUAACUGUAAUCUCCCUGUGUGGGUUAUCCCAAACACAACAUCGACCAACCUCUUGUCGUCCAAAUAUGGAGACACCGUCACGUACAGCUGUGCUGUUGGCUACACAUACAUGGAAGGAAAUGAUACAAGUUACUGUCAGGAAAACGCGGAAUGGACGAAACCAACAAUCACAUGUCAAGUGAUCCAGUGCCUUGAGGACAUUCCCGCCAUCCAAAACACAACCAUAAGCAUGACGUCAUCAAACUAUGCUGAUAUCGUCACAUAUUCGUGUGUAGAUGGGUACAAGUACAUUGGAGGGAAUGGCACAAGUGUGUGUCAAGAAUCCGCCACGUGGAGUCAAGCUACCAUAGUUUGUGCAGAAAUAACUUGCACCUCAAGCCCCUGGAUAAUUCCGAAUGCAACCCAAGGAACCAUUACAUCAAGCAAGUAUGGGGCCACCGUCACAUAUACUUGCCAGGACGGUUACCGCAGCACCACAGGGAAUACAAGCAGUUACUGCCAGGAGACGGGGGAAUGGUCUGAACCAACUCUUCAGUGUGAAGAGAUUAACUGUAAUCUCCCUGUGUGGGUUAUCCCAAACACAACAUCGACCAACCUCUUGUCGUCCAAAUAUGGAGACACCGUCACGUACAGCUGUGCUGUUGGCUACACAUACAUGGAAGGAAAUGAUACAAGUUACUGUCAGGAAAACGUGGAAUGGUCGAAACCAACAAUCACAUGUCAAGUGAUCCAGUGCCUUGGGGACAUUCCCGCCAUCCAAAACACUACCAUAAGCAUGACGUCAUCAAACUAUGCUGAUAUGGUCACUUAUUCGUGUGUAGAUGGGUACAAGUACAUUGGAGGGAAUGGCACAAGUGUGUGUCAAGAAUCCGCCACGUGGAGUCAAGCUACCAUAGUUUGUGCAGAAUGGGAAGAGUGGGGUUGGAAGGUCCUCGACUUCUCGUCCCAGUACGGCGAAACAGGUUAUCGUGCAGUGGAGAUUCUAGGCGAGUUUGAUCUGUAUCCAAACUACGGAGAUAAGGCGGGGGCUUGGGCUCCAUUAAAGGGUAACUGUCCAAACGACAAGGAAUGGAUUGAGGUACAGUUUGCGGAGUCCCUCUACAUACGACGUAUUGACAUUUACGAAACCAAUGUAGCCGGGGUUGUAAAGACUGUGUUCGUUGGGAAGGACGAUGGUACAUGGAGCACAAUUUGGACAACUGUGUCAGUCACAAAGAUAACACAAAGCAGAAUCUUCUCUCCACAGUUCACGACGCCGGCAUUCCUGUCCGACCGUGUCAGGUUUGAAACAGACUGUAGUACUGUCUCUAGAGACUGGGUGGAAUUCGAUGCCAUCAAGAUAUUUGGGCUCAAAUUCCCGCCAUCGACCUGAGUGAAAUCCGACUUCUCGUGGGCUCAGCGAUUCCAAUUCCACUCACACUGACAAAUGGAUUUACUGACACGUAUAGUGCUUUUAUCCUGUAUUGAACUGUUCAGUGCUGUGUACAUGGUGGGAAACAAGUGCAACUCAGGCCAAUCUUAACCGUUGUAUGACAGAGUGCUUACACUUAAAGAUAUUGUCUUUCAAACGAUUUCUUAUGGACCCAUUUUUCAAGAAAGUUCCCAUUUGUAAGAUAACAUUACUUUACCUGUUAAAUCGUCACUGCACGUUUUAUUGUUAUAAUGCGCAAGGAAAAAGGUACAUUUGUUGCCACAGGAUAUGUAUAUUAGUUGAUUGAAUGUUUCAACAAAGUGUGCACCCUAAUGAUGUUUUCUUCUAACGGAUUAUGUUAGGAUUCCAUCCGCACACUGGUUCGUCACGGAUAAUCUUGACGAUGACCUUUCUUGAAUGUCUUGCAAAAACCUUAUUUUUACCAACCUGCUUGGCACAUGCGUAGAAAGGACUUAAAUAUCGACACGCAACUUAUGACGUCUCCAUGAUCAGUACAAGCCAGGACGCCACACCACAUAAUAAUACUGUAUCACCAAAUACUAUGUAAUAUGUAAUUAAAUUAUAUGAUAUCAUUGUGGUAUUGAUUCAAAUUACCUCGAUUCCUUGUAGAAAAAGACCAAGACCAAGGCAUGAGUGAAGGUUUUGGGGUGAGGUGAAAUUCAGUUUAACGUC